AUGGUUGUCAUUGUCGCUUACCUACAACUUUCGAGCUUGUCGGAAAGGCCGGAGAAGAUAUCUGAAGUUCGUGGUCGGAAAUGUUUGGCCUCGCUUCCUACAAUUAAUUACAUCAAACAUUGUCCAAAAACUAGAGAAGAAUGGAUAAAUGCUGAAAAAAUUAAAGGUUGUGACAAUAUCAAACAGAACUGCAUAUCAAAGGAAAAAUUCAAGUAUCACUGUGUUAUCAAUAGCUUUGGAAAUGCAACAUUAGAUGUUUGCGCACCAACGUGGUACAUUUCAGGAUUCUGCACAGAAUUUAACGAGGAAGGCUUACUGAUACAAGAUCACUAUGCUAAAGACUGCACAUCAUUUGAUAUCCCUUGCCCAACUCGAUACUUGUCCACAGAUGCAUACAAAUAUCAGGGGUGUUAUGGAGUUGAUGUAAAAACCACGGAGAACCAUUCAGAAAAGAUUACUUAUUUAGUAAUUGGGGAAACUGCAAUGGGGAUAUUUGUUGGAAUACUCUUUGCGACACUCAUUGGCUGCAUUAUUUUCCGAAAUCGAAAAAAUAUUUGUGUCAAUAUAGGAAUUGAUGAACAAAUUCAGGAAGAUGACACAACAAAUGAAAGAAGUGUCCCUGAACACCAGGAAGAUGACAUACGUUUCUACCAAAACACAACAAAUGGACGAAAUGAAAUGGAACAAGGGGAAGAAAAUCGCAGAGGAGAAUGUAUGAACACGAGACUAAUAAAGGAAAAUCGGCAAAGGUCAAAUUCGCCAGUUCAAGAUGGAUAUAUACAGGAUCUGCUGUCUGAAGGCCAGGAAAUACACCGCUAUUGUCCUGAUGAAGAAAGUGAAAGCGAAAACAAUGUUUCCAUGGAAAACCAUUCAAUGGCUCAACCUUCACAAAUAGGUGAUCAUGAUUAUCAAGACGCAAUAUCCUGUCCAAAUCCUAAUUCUAGGCUUCAGCUUUGCAAUGAGGAAGAAGAAGGAAAAAUAUAUGAAUCAUACGGGAAAAAUACAUAAAAUACUCC